GCUAUGCGGCAGCUAGCGGUACGCCUGGUGCUGCUGGGCCGGCUACCCUACAACGAGCUGCUGGCCCUGCAGGAGCGCUGGUUGCGGCGGCUGCAGGCCGAGCCAGGCACUGAGGCCCUGUCAGGGACUGAGGCGGGCGCACUCCUGCUCUGCGAGCCCGCGGGACCCGUGUAUACGUCCGGGCUGCGCGGCGGCCUGACGCCGGAGGAGACGGCGCGGCUGCGGGCUUUGGGCGCCGAGGUACGCACCACAGGCCGCGGCGGCCUGGCCACCUUCCACGGCCCAGGCCAGCUGCUCUGCCACCCAGUCCUAGACCUGAGACGCCUGGGCCUGCGCCUGCGCACCCACGUAGCGGCGCUGGAGGAGUGCGCCGUGCGCCUGUGCGAGUUCCAGAACUUGCACGGCGCCCGCGCCCGGCCUCCGCCCUACACCGGCGUCUGGCUCGGGGAGCGCAAGAUCUGCGCAAUAGGAGUCCGCUGUGGAAGGCACAUCACAUCCCACGGCCUGGCUCUGAACUGUUCUACAGACCUUGUGUGGUUUGAUCACAUUGUCCCCUGCGGGCUGGUUGGGACAGGUGUCACCUCUCUGAGUGAGGAGCUCCAAAGGCAUGUCACUGUGGAUGAAAUAAUACCACCUUUCCUUGACGCCUUUAAAGAGACCUACAAGUGCACGUUGAUCUCAGAAAACAGCUCCAACUGAUGAGUGUUCAUGUUAUCACAGCUGGGAGGUCCUACUUGAAAAGCACCCAGACUGACUUGGGAGUCACUGAAACCCAGAUUCUAGAGUUGGCCCUGUCAUUCAUUCACCAUGAGACUAUGAGCGAAGUAUGAGCUCUUAGCCAUUGUUUCCCUAUGUCUGCUGGCUUAUUUAUAUCUUCUCACCUACCUCAGAUAUGGUAGAUGCAAAAACAUUAUGAAAAGCAACACAUGAUGUAUAAAUGGAAGACAUUAGCACUACUAUUGACCCCCCCAUUUUCUCAGCUUAGAGAAACUCAGAUAUAGAGAAUCAGUUUUCGAGUAUUUACCACUUUCUAAAUAAUGUAUUUAAUUUGGUGAUUCUGGGCUCUAGUUCCUUUGAUUUUGGGGGGGAAUCAUAUCUCUAGAUAGCCCAGGUGAAAGUGAUAUGGUGGGGAGCUUUCCGCAAUAAAAGGAAAAGGGAAAGGAAUCUUUAAAGAAUAAAAUGGGAUCUUGACUUCCUGCAUUGGAUUGCCUAGCCUGAUAGCUAUUUUUAGUUAGGUAACCUGAGCCAGACCAGAGGCCAGGAAAAGACAAGAAUAAUUUCUCACACUGUACAAAUGCCAAAGGUAGAAGUAAGUUUUCCUUAAGUGAGAUCUCUAAAUUUAUAAGGCUGUGUAUUAACUACUCAUUGCUAUGUAACAAGUCACCCCAAAACUUAAUGACUUAAAACAAUAAACAUUAUCUCAUA